GUCAUUUCAUUUUUAUUCAUAGAGAAUCUUGCUUUACGUAAAUCAACAUGGCAAAAUCAUCCCUAUAGCGCCUAUUACAGUUAUAUCAAGUCUGCUAAUGCAGUGGACGGGAGGUUUUCGGACAGGUCUCUUAAUGGAGGGCAAUGUGUAAUAUCGGGAAAUCAAAAACAAACUGCUACCUGGUGGGUGAAUCUAUCUGGAAUUGUCAGCAUUCACCAUAUAACAAUCUACUACAGGACGGAAAAUUUGCCGUGGGAUAUAUCCAAUGGUUACCCUUCCCGCUUCCUUGGUUUUUCGGUUUACAUAUCGAACACCACCAAGAAAGAUGACGGCUAUCUAUGUUUUAAAGACACAAACUACACUAGAGAAACGAUACCGAGUAAUAUUACAAUAGAAUGUAUAAAGCAUGGACGGUACGUCAUCUAUUACAACGAGAGACUCCCAGGAGUUACCUACCCUGAAGGAUAUUCGACAUACGCAUUCAAUGAACUCUGUGAAGUCCAGGUUUAUGGAUGCCCUUCCUUUGUUAUUUUCGGAGAGAAUUGUACAUUUCCGUGUCCACAGACUUGUCGUGAAGGACGCUGUAACAUUGUGGACGGGACUUGUUUUGGAUGUAUUGCUGGGCAGAAAGGCUCACGAUGUGAUCAAUUUUGUGACGGUGGUAAAUUCGGACAAAACUGUGCUCAGUCAUGCGGGUUUUGCUUCGGAAAUAAACAAUGUCAUCACAUUAACGGGUCAUGCUUUAAUGGCUGCGAAAGAGGUUACUAUGGAAACAAUUGUACACAAGUAUGUCCUGAAGGGCGGUAUGGAUAUAACUGCCUAGACAUGUGUGACAUCAACUGUGGAGAGCCGAAAAGAUGUAACAGGAAAACAGGGCAAUGUCAAAAUGGUUGUCAGGCAGGGUGGAAGGAUAUAAAAUGUGACAAGAAAUGCGACGGAGGAACAUUCGGACUAAACUGUGCUCAGUCAUGCGGGUCUUGUCUUGAUAAAGAACAAUGUCAUCACAUUAAUGGGACAUGCUUGAAUGGCUGCGAUAAAGGUUACCAUGGAAACACUUGUACACAAGAAUGUCCUGAAGGAUAUUAUGGCUAUAAUUGUCAGGACAUGUGUAGCAUUAACUGUGGCGUCCCUGGUAGAUGUAACAGAGUGACAGGGGAAUGUCAAGGUGGAUGUCAGGCAGGGUGGAAGGACCUUAGAUGUGACAAAAAAUGUGAUGGGGGAAGUUUUGGACUAAACUGUAAUCAGUCAUGUGGAAUUCAAAAUUGCUUUAAAAGUGAACAAUGUCAUCACAUUAAUGGGACAUGCUUGAAUGGCUGCAAUAAAGGUUACCAAGGAGACACUUGUACACAAGUUUGUCCAAAUAGACGGUAUGGAUACAACUGCGAAGAAACCUGUACCAACUGUAGCGUUGUCAGGAGAUGUGAUGCAAUAUCAGGGAAAUGUAACGUGAUGAAAGGAUCAUUAAAUUCUGAUAUAAGUGAUGAGAACCUCUACUUUGUGUAUGGAAUGAUAUCUUCUCUUUGCACAAGUGUUGGCUUAAAUGUCGCUUUAAUUAUAUGGAGCUGUAGAAAGAAAACGCGAAAAGGAAAGACUAACCAAGAGAAAAUAACUACACCAACACCUAGAAAACUGACCACACAGAUCAAAGUUAAAGAACGUGUAGUACGAGUACAUGACGACCUGGAUAGAACACAUAUAUCCACAGAACCUUCCAAAUUGAAAACACAGAUCAAAGACGAAGUUGAAGAGAGUGCAGUAUAUGAAGACCUGGAUCAAAUUGAAAUAUCCACACAACCUUCCAAAUUGAAAACACAGAUCAAAGACGAAGUUGAAGAUGGUGUAGUAUAUGAGGACCCGGAUCAAACAAGUUUACAAUCUAUUUAUGAGAAUUAUGACAUCUGA